AUGGUACCGAUAUGUAUUAUGAACGUGGAAAAAAAUGCAUUAGCAAAUCGUUUAGCACUAUAUCAAAAACGUGAUCAUGAUAAAACACAAAUAUAUAAACGAACAAUACCAUUACAUAAUCAACAUUCACAAAUGCUUACGGAACAAUAUUUACAG